AUGAACAAUAUAAUACUAAACAUAACCAUCAAAAUACGACCAAAGAUGGGUUCUGAUAGUUCUGGAUUAAAGAGGAAACUAGCAUGCCAAGGUUGUAGGAAAAGGAGAAGAAAAUGUAACUUUGAGGUACCAUGCUCCAAUUGCAUUAAGUUUGGUUCUGAAUGUGUCUCCGUAAACCUAGAUUUGCGGAAGAGCCGAUAUUCUUGUACAUAUGUCAAGACACUAGAAAAUAGAAUUGCCCAUUUGGAGUCUUCACUAAAGCACAUUGCUGAAGUUGAUAAUGAAGAAGAGAAAAACAAAAUCAUUGAGUCACUAGUUAUUGAUGAUAUCGCUACGCCAGAGCAGGCUGAUAACCUGAAUGUAAAUUCUUUCCCAGUCACCUCUGUUGGUUCAAGUAGUAUAUACCCCCAAAAUUCACUUUCAAUUACAAACAAGAGAAGGUUGUAUGAACAGAACCAGUUAAAAGUUAUUUUGAAAAAUUUAUCGACAAACCCAAUGAUUUUGAAAUCUUUAUCUUUAUUCUUCAAGUGGUUAUAUCCAGCCCAUUACCUAUUUAUCCAUAGAGAAACUUUCUUGAGUGCAUUUUUUGGCGAUGCACAUACGAAGAGUUAUUACUGUUCUGAAGAAUUGGUAUACGCAAUAUCUGCCCUAGGUUCCAAACUAUCAGAUACCAACGAUGAAUUAUUUACAAAAUCCAAAGAAUAUUAUCAGACUGCAAAAUCUAUAGUGCUGAAGAAAAUAUUUCAAUUAGAAGAUUCUUCUUUUGCUGACUCAACGUCAUCAUCCAAAUUAGCCAUUAUCCAAACUCUAUUGUGUUUAGCCUUUUUCGAUAUUGGAAGUGGAGAAAAUCCAAUGGCUUGGUAUUUAUCUGGAUUAGCAUUUAGAAUUGCUCAUGAAAUUGGUUUACAUCUAAACCCAGAGGCAUGGAAUACAGUUUAUGAAGACGAAUUAUUAAUUCUUGAUUUUGAAGUUAGAAGUAGAAUUUACUGGGGAUGCUAUUUAGCUGAUCAUUUGAUAUCUGUUUUAUUUGGGAGAUCAACUAUUUUAAAAUUGUCAAGUUCUACAGUUCCUGAAACCGAUGAAUUACCAGAAAUUGAGUCAGGUAUCGAAGAUUUUAUAUAUGAACCAAGAGUUCUUCUUUCAACAGCUGCACCAUUGAAAAAAUUGAUUGUGCUAUCAAGAAUAACAGAAAUUUUUGCAAGCAAGAUUUUUACUCAUGCAGAUACGUUAAACCAAAGAAGUGAAUUCUUGUCGAAAUUUAACCUGGAAAUGUAUAAUUGGAAAAUUAAUCUCCCGCCAGAGUUAGGUUGGUCGAAAAGUAGAUUAAAGGAACUAAAAGUUUUCAAUCCAACUACCUCAUAUAUUUUAUUCCAUUAUCAUAUCGUAUUGAUAUCAUACAAUAAACCAUUUAUAUUCGAAUUUAGACAGAGUCGAUCAUUGAUCGAAGAAUCAAUAGAAGAAUUAUAUUACUUAUUCAAUGCGUGGAAGAGGUCAUUUACAAGUUUUGAAAAAUGCAAUCUUUAUAUGGUAUAUUCUGCGAUUUUAGCUAUACAAUGUAUGAACUCAGAUUUGAUAAGAAAAGAUUUUAAAGUUGACUUUAAAAGAUUUUUAGAGUCCUCAACCUUAAACUACGAAUUAGCGAAAAAGUUUUUAGAUAAUCAAGAUAACCACGAUGAACUAUUUGGUGCAUUAUCCCAUGGUACUGAUUUUGCACUAGAGUACAAUUUUGAUUUUACAUUAUUAAAUGAAAUUGAUACUUUGAUUGGGUCUACUAACACUUUUUAA